AUAAAGAUAGAUGGAGAGCAUACAGAUAAUAGGGUGUGUGGCUACAAGAGAGACAGACACGUUAUUUAAAUGAAGUGAAACAAGGGUUCAGGAAGUUAUGUAAUGAUCACUACAUGCAGAUAAAUACCUAAAGGAGAACUUUGCACAACUGCUCGAACUUCAAGGUGGAAUCGAAGGAAUUGAGGGAAAGGCCCAAAAUAAAAGCGUUAGCAGCUGCUUCAGAGCAUCAGCGUUGGAUAGACAGCACUAAAAGGAGGAGAGAGAGAGAGGGAGCAAGCAACAGAGAGAGAGGCAGAGAGAAAGAGAGCAGGAACAGAAAACGAGACAGGGGAGAGGCUGAUUUCGUUCAAGCUUAUUACUGAUCUCACUGAAAGGCUUCCUGUGUCAGCACCAUGGGAAAGUCAGCCUCAAAGCAGUUUGCUGAGGAGGUUCUGCGGUGCCAUAAUGAGUACAGGAAGAAGCACCAGGCUCCUCCACUGAAGCUGAGCAGCAAAUUGAGCAGAGAGGCUGCCCGUUAUGCUGAAAGUCUGGCCAGCACAAGGAUCCUGAAACACAGUGUGGAGUCCAGUAGAGGGAGCUGUGGAGAGAACCUGGCGUGGGCGUCCUAUGACCAAUCAGGGAAGGAUGUGGCAGACCGCUGGUACGAUGAAGUGAAACAGUACAAUUUCAAUCGUCCUGGAUUCUCCUCCGGCACUGGUCAUUUCACAGCAAUGGUGUGGAAGAGCACUAAAGAGCUGGGUGUUGGUAAGGCCACUGCAUCAGAUGGUUCUUCCUUCGUGGUGGCAAGAUACUCCCCGGCUGGAAAUAUCACCAACCAGGGACACUUUGAAAAUAACGUUCUCCCAGCAAAAACCACGUCCUAAUGAUUUUGUAGAUGCCUAAGACUUGACUAAAGCACAAAGGCAUUUAUUCCUUUUUGCAAGAGGGAAGUUAUCUGUCUGCACUGCUAUGGUGAAUACUCAGGAGAGCACCACUUCUUGCCUAGUAGAGACCCAUGUUACAGUCUUGUAUGGAUUCUAAAAGAUGAAAUGCACUUGGGCUUAAAGUCCUAUGUUUGUCAUUUGGACAUGGGUGUGUUUGAUACAGUGUUUGAAAUGAAAGAGGCACUACUGUUUGACAUGGCUAACAACAUAUGUCCAGAGACUAUGUAAAGUAUAAUCCUCAUUUUCAUUUUAAUUUCCUGUGACAUUAUGUCAUUCAUUAAUUCCAGUACUUUUAUAUUUUCACUCACUGAAAUACAUCAAAGCCUCACAUCUGUAUUUGUGUAAGAAUGGGAACUAAUUCAGUCAGGACAGGGAAUACAUAUUUACUUGUGGAGUCUUUGCUUUUAAUUUAAAGCUGAUGACUCAACAUGCUUGGUAUGUGUGUUAUUGCUACUACUUGUCAAAGCACAACCCUGCCAACUUGUAUGUGUUUUGUACUCUAAUCAGUUUUGUACAAUAAAGCUGACAGAUUGUCAGAAAUGCAUUUGG